CAGCAGAUGUUAAAGAAGAGGCUCCUGAAGAACAGAGUCCUGAUGUGGAUCAGCAGGAGCCAGAGUCCCUCCAGAUAAAGGAGGAACAGGAGGAACUCUGGACCAGUCAGGAAGGAGAGCAGCUCACUGUGAAGGAGGAGACUGAUACCAGGUUUCCAUUAACUGCAGCUCCUAUCAAGAAUUUUAAAGAAGAGGCUCCUGAAGAACAGAGUCCUGAUAUGGACCAGCAGGAGCUGGAGCUCCUCCACAUAAAGGAGGAAAAUGAAAGAAUCUGGGCCAGCCAGGAUGGAGAACAACUGAAUGUGAAGAAGGAGACUGAUGAUACCAGGUUUCCAUUAACUGUUGUUCAUAUGAAGAGUGAAGAAGAUGAGGAGAAACCUCUUUUCUCUCAGCUUCAUCAACAUCAAACAGAAGACAGAGAUCUUCCAAGCAGCAUCUCAGGUGACCAGAUAAAAGCAGAAAUUAAAGUAGAGGACUGUGGGACACGAGAAUCCAGCAGGAACCCAGAUCUAAAUAAUCAUGGAGGCUCUUCCAACUAUUCUGAAACUGAAGACAGUGAAGAUGAUGAAGAGGAUGAUGUGAAGCAUCAUAAAUCUGAGCUUAAACACUUGUCAGACUCUGAAACUGAAGACGGUGUAGAUGAUGAAGAGGAUGAAGAUGUUAAGCAUCAUAAAUCUGAGCUUAAACACUUAUCAGACUCUGAAACUGAAGACAGUGAGGAUGAUUGGAAGGAGAGCAGGACUCCAGGGUCAGGCAGAAACGCUGUCAACAAAUCUUUGAGCUGCUCUGAUUGUGGAGGAAAAUUUGCUAACAGACAAUCUCUUCAGAGUCACAUGACAUGUCAUCCAAGAUUAACGUCUUCAGAUUGUUCUGGUAAUGAGACGUGUUUCAGAGAGAAGAAGAACAUAGAUUCACUGAAGAAAGUCCAGACGAGUAGUAAAAAUUUUAAAUGUGGUGAUUGUGGUAAACGUUUUAACUUGAAACGAGAUCUCAAAAGGCACACAAAAGUUCACACAGGGGGGAAACCCUUUGGUUGUGAUGCAUGUGGAAAAAGAUUUGCCUACAAGUCAUAUUUAAACACACACAUGAGAAUCCACACAGGAGACAAACCCUUUAGUUGUGAUGUAUGUGGAAAAAGAUUUGCCGACAAGUCAUAUUUAAACACACACAUGAGAAUCCACACAGGAGACAAACCCUUUAGUUGUGAUGUAUGUGGAAAAAGAUUUGCCGACAAGUCAUAUUUAAACAUACACAUGAGAAUCCACACAGGAGACAAACCCUUUAGUUGUGAUGUAUGUGGAAAAAGAUUUGCCUACAAGUCAUAUUUAAACACACACAUGAGAAUUCACACAGGAGACAAACCCUUUAGUUGUGAUUCAUGUGGAGCAAGAUUUGUCUAUGAGUCACAAUUAAACAGGCACAUGAGAAUUCACACAGGAGACAAACCCUUUAGUUGUGAUCCAUGUGGAACAAGAUUUAUCACCAAGUCACUAUUAAACACGCACAUGAGAAUCCACACUGGAGAUAAACCUUUUAGUUGUGAUGCAUGUGGAAAAAGAUUUGCCUGCAAGUCAUAUUUAAGCAAACACAUGAGAAUUCACACAGGAAACAAACCUUUUAGUUGUGAUACAUGUGGAAAAAGAUUUGCCUUCAAGUCAGAUUUAAACAGACACAUGAGAAUUCACACAGGAAACAAACCUUUUAGUUGUGAUGCAUGUGGAAAAAGAUUUAUCACCAAUUCACUAUUAAACACGCACAUGAGAACCCACAUAGGAAAUAAACCCUUUGGUUAAGA